UAAACCGUCCGUCUUCCGUCCGUUAAUUCACUUUUGAGUGGACGAGCUAAGCACCGGUCAUCCGAUUAUCCGUCCGUCACUCAUCUCCGGCCCCACACCUGAGUGAAAAGAAUGAAGAAAACUGGGUUUUCGAUGGCCGGCUUGGAGUGUUGGUUCAAAUUAAGAAGCAGUUGACGCUAAGAUAUCUGUUUCUUGGUAGUGAGAUUGGAGAGAGCAUCACCAAAAUUAAAAUCCAAACUUCCCCGCUCAAUUCCAAAACUCAGUCCCAUAUAUAUCUCUCCCACGUCCAAUCCGCCAUGAACAAGUAGAAGAAGACCAUCACAAUCACCAUCUGUAGAGUCCAUUUGUGCAAAGCACAAACUGGAAAACCCACAAUACCCAUGUCCCAAUCCCAAAUGAUCCUUCUAAUCCUACUCUCCCUCCUUUCUUCGUUAUCUUCAUCUUCUUCUUCUUCAAACCCAUUUCUCAAACCUCCACCUCUUCCUAUUUUGCCCCUCCCUUCUGCUUCCCAGCUCCAAUGGCAGCUCGGCCACAUGGCCCUCUUCCUCCACUUUGGCCCCAACACCUUUACAGACUCCGAGUGGGGCACCGGCCACGUUGACCCUUACGUCUUCGACCCCUCCAACCUCGAUCCAUCUCAGUGGGUUCGUGUCGCCAAGGAAUCUGGCUUUUCUCGCGUGAUCCUCACCGCCAAGCACCACGAUGGGUUCUGCCUAUGGCCCUCCGAGUACACCGACUACUCUGUGCGCUCUAGCACCUGGAGAAAUGGGACUGGUGAUGUUGUCGGGGAACUGGCUAAGGCUGCUAUGGACGCAGGCAUUGGAUUGGGUCUUUAUCUUUCGCCGUGGGAUCGGCACGAGGUGUGUUAUGGGAAGACUUUGGAUUAUAAUGAGUUCUACAUGGGGCAGAUGACUGAGUUGCUCACAAGGUAUGGUGACAUUAAGGAGGUGUGGUUGGAUGGUGCGAAAGGGGAAGGAGAGAAGGACAUGGAGUAUUUCUUUGAUACUUGGUUUAGUCUCAUUCAUCAGCUCCAGCCUGGGGCUGUAAUUUAUUCUGAUGCUGGUCCUGAUACCAGGUGGAUUGGGGAUGAGGCUGGUGUUGGGGGGUCUACUUGCUGGUCACUUUUCAAUCGAAGUGCUGCCAAGAUUGGUGACACUAAUCCUAAAUACUCUAUGGAAGGAGAUCCACUUGGUCAUGAGUGGGUACCUGCUGAGUGUGAUGUCUCGAUUAGGCCUGGUUGGUUUUGGCAUGCGUCAGAAGUUCCCAAAUCUGCGAGAACUCUUCUUGACAUAUACUACAAGUCAGUUGGCAGAAACUGUCUCUUGUUGCUAAAUGUGCCCCCAAACUCCUCAGGUCUUAUAUCGGCUGAAGACAUACAGGUGCUUCAAGAAUUCAGCGAUCUCCGGAGGUCCAUUUUCUCCCAUAAUCUUGCUUUUAAUGCUCUUGUUAAUGCUAGCAGUACCUGGGGAGGCAAUAGCGAUUCUCAUUUCAACCCCCAGAACGUCCUCAAAGAAAGUAUUUACUUCUAUUGGUCCCCUGAGGAGAAUCAAACCGAUUGGGUCUUAUACUUAAACCUUCAAGAAUUAGUAUCUUUCAAUGUUCUGCAAGUUCAAGAACCAAUUCACAUGGGACAGCGUAUUAUCAAAUUUCACCUUGACAUCUUGACGGAAGAUGGGCAGUGGAAGAAAGUGAUCAAUGGCACUACAGUUGGAUAUCAGAGGCUGUUGCAGUUCCCGACCGCAAAAUCUCAGUAUUUGAGGUUUGUAAUCGAUAGGUCUCGGGCAGAUCCACUUAUUUCAUAUUUUGGAAUUUUUAUGGAUGAAUAUUCCAUUGUGAAUAACAUAUCCAAUACAAGCUCAGGAGUACAUCUCAAUGGCAGUCAAGUUAUUCAGCAAAUCACAUACAACCAUUCUCAUAUUGUCGUCCCUAUAUAACUGUAAAAUUUCAUUGUAUCCUUGUAUUUGUGAUUGUCCAAACGUUGUAAUACAUUCUUAGAAGAUUCCUUAUAUGCAAAAUUACACCUAAAUUCUUUUUGGUUGCUAAA